GCUGUGAUGGAAAGUCGAUUCAAGCUCAAGACCGGUAUAUCGAAGGUGGUGCAGUUCUCUGUCCAGCAGAUCGUCGACUGCAGCAGACCUUCUGGAAAUUUUGGCUGCCUGGGUGGGCAGUCUCUUUACGCAUAUGACUAUGCGAAAGCUCAAGGUAUGGUCAAAGAAUCGAGCUACCCAUACAAGGCUAAGGAGAGCGCUUGCAAGACAUCGAUUACUUCCAAUCCUGAAAAACAGUGUCUCAAGAAGGGGGACAUCAACCAACUCUUGCCCAUAGACAGGCAUGAUGAGUUGAAAAUGAUGGAAGCUCUCACUACUGGGCCGGUCACUGCGAGUAUAUGUGCCACUUGCCCAGCGUUCAAGGCAUAUAAAUCAGGCGUUCUCACCGCCGCUGCUUGUGGCAAGGGUGAUGUCGAUCACACGAUUACUAUGGUAGGCUAUGGUACUGCUUCUGACGGGACCCCGUAUUGGAAAAUAAUGAAUAGUUGGGGAAAGUCUUGGGGAAUGAAGGGUUUCGCAUUACUUCAAAGAACGGGACCUUCAAUCCCUCGAGAUACUUGCGGAGUGUUGGCCGGAAAUCAUCUAUACCCGGUUUAUGCUGACACAGUAAUGAGUUCAGUUUGCGCGAAAAAGUGACGGGCGCUAUCAUAGACGACAUUCUGCAGUGUUGUCAUGAAAAAUGACUAAUGGUCUCCCAAGAAGCUCUAUUCUUCGCAACUCCAACUUUUACAUGCUCGUCAUUUUCGUCAUUCUUCGAUGGCCCUCGUGGUAUUUCCAGGAUGUACCCGGCGUUUCUAGGAUUUUAUCUUUUCGAGACGCUUUGACGGGUAUAAUAUGGAAUUUUCAUGUUGCUUUCAAUGUACAACAGUCUUGUAACAACACUCUUGAAUCAGUACACAAAAUAGUUUUCAAGUCAUCCCACCAGGAAUCC